AUGGCGGGUGGUCUCGUGGCAAUCUCCGUUAUUAUGCGAAAUUUAUCAGAAUAUCCUGAGAAACAGUUUUUGGGGCAUACUUGGAGAAAAAUAAGAACUUCGAGUGCUACCAAAGCGAGUAGAACCUACGACCUUCCAGUUGGUUACUUCAGACGCGCCACUAAGCCACGUGAAAAGCUGGGCCGUUUAACUAGGACGGUCUAUGGUGAUAAACUCGCUGCAUACUACGAGGAUAGAAAUGUCGAUAUGUGCAGUGGCAAUGUUAAUGAAGACGGCAAAUUUCAAACAGAGGAUUUUUGGAGUGAAUGGAGAUGUUAUUUACUUCCCUUUCACUUUGUUUUUUUCUUGCCGAUUAAGAAUGUUUUAUCUUGUUUGGAUGAUCAAUGCCGUAUAUUGGUAUUUCCAUCCACUUUGUUCUUCGUGGGAGAACGUCUUGUAAACCACACCAUAGAAAACAUCAAUGUGAUUGACAGGGACACGUGUGAAUAUAGAUGCUACCUGAACCAUAACUGCGUCAGUGUCAACUUUUAUUUUGGAUCAAGUGAAGUAGGAAUACAAAACAGCGAACAGAACAACUCGACAAAAAAGAAACACCACAAGGAUCUGACGAAGGCAGCGAACUAUGUGUACCAUGGAACACGAAAUGCUUGUGAUCGUGCUCACUGCAUCAACAACGCCAUUUGUCAAUCUGGUUUUACAAGUAAGGGAUAUCGAUGCGUGUGUUCUUUUGGAUUUACAGGACCCCAUUGCGAACAAGAUAUUGACGAGUGUUUAACGAAAACUCAUGGAUGUGAUGCUAAUGCUGUAUGCCAUAAUACCGAGGGAUCAUUUAUCUGUAAAUGCAAGACUGGUUAUGUUAGAAAUGGUCAAAAUUGCGUAGAAAUUUUGGACUGUGCGCUAAAUCCAUGUCACAAUGAAGGAACCUGCAUCGAGGAAGCUUUUGGAUACAAAUGCAAAUGUCUGCAAGGAUUCACUGGUGAUUACUGUGACACAGGAUUCAUUAGGAAUUCAAAUAUACUGUCAAUAAAUGAAUCUUACUUGGCUUAUCUUCAUGAGUUCCUGGUCCCUGCCGUCGGAAAUAAUUCCCACUGGAUGCUAUGCUACCGCGCUUCUUUACAUGGCUGGGAAGGAGAGGACUUCCACACUCGUUGCGAUGGAAAGAAAUAUACCGUAACAGUUAUAAAUAAAAACCAGUAUGUUUUUGGAGGCUACACUGACGUUCCAUGGGCCGAUUGUCCUCCGGGAGCAAGAACAAAGGACCCGUCAGGUCGCUGUUGUGUAUUUCCUUUCGAGUAUGGAGGCCAUACAUACCACAAGUGUGCAGGGAAAAUACUGGGAAUUUUCGGGAAACCGUGGUGUUCAUUCGAUGCUGUCUACAAUGGUGACUGGGCGUCUUGUGAUAAAAAUCCUUAUAAAGGAUAUCGCAGGACAGAUAAGGCUUUUAUUUAUUCGCUUGAAAACAAAGAAGGACUGGCGCCGUUUAAGAGUAUGGUGAAGCAUGAUUCCCAAGCCAUUUAUAUGGAGAUAAGCCGUGGUCCAACAUUCGGUGGAGGCUUCGAUAUUCACAUCGCCAACAACGCAGGUCAUAAUGUUCAUUCAUACACCAAGUUUGGUCACUCCUUCUUGGCCCCAAGUGAGGUAAAAGAAAAGGAUACAGUGUUAGCUGGGAGUUUAAGAUUUACUCCCGAUGAAGUAGAGGUGUUUUAUCUUUCUUAAAGCUGGGCUCACGAUGCCAAGUCUAUAUGUGUCUCUA